AUGCUUAUGUGGUGUCAAGCAAGCCCAGUUGAUUUAUUGAAGCUCUUGUCCGAUUACUGGCAAUCGGACAUGAGCAAGUUGAAACUGUUGAUCAACUUGCCCAUGUCCGAUUGCAUGCAAUCAGACACGGGCAGGUUCAUGGACAGUUUCAACUUGCCUGUGUCCAAUUGCAUGCAAUCGGACACGGGCCAGUUGAAACUAUUGAUCAUCCUGCUUGUGUUCAAUUGCAUGCAAUCAGACAUGAGCAGGUUGAAACUGUCAAUCAACCUGCCCGUGUCCAAUUGCAUGCAAUCGGACGGGGGCAAGUUGAAACUGUUGAUCAUCCCGCUUGUGUCCGAUUGCAUGCAAUUGGACACAAGCAAGUUGAAACUUUCAAUCGACCUGCUUGUGUCCGAUUGCAUGCAAUUGGAAACGGGCAAGUUGAUUGACAGUCUCAACCUUCCCGUGUCUGAUUGA